UGCGCGUGAACCACGAGUAUCGCGUCUCUCUUUACAUGCGAGGUUCUAAGGCAGCCUCAGCCUUGCUACCAACAUCGGCCCUUCUUAUGCUUUAGCACUCAUCAGACGCCUAUCCCAUCUUCAGCUGUAUCCCAUAUUACCUCAUCUCCCUCUUCCGGGCAUCCAGAACCAAGAAAUCGCGGCCACGGAAUUUCGAUGGCAGAGAUGGCUUCGCCUACAUCAGCCUCGCCGGCUAAGAAAAAGAAAAACCUUCCCUUCAAGCGGACGAUUGCUCGCCGAAAGUCUCCGGAUCCCUUCAGUGAUGACCGGUCACCAGCCAAGGCGGCCUCUAAAGCUAAGGACGGCGAAGAUGACGACGACGACGGAAUCAGCAUGUUUAGGCGGAGCAAUGAGGUCUUCCCACUGGCAAUCGAGGAACAGCAGCGCCGACUGAAGCGAGAAGAGAAGAGAAGGAAGGCUGUCCCUACUGAAAGGGAAUCCCCGCAGAAACAAGACGCCAAACGCCGCAGAGUAUCUGGGGAUUUGGACAGCGAUGAUGAUGGCUUUUCAGCGUCCGGCAGUCGACGCCGCUCACAGAGAAACUCUACCCCGCGGUCUACUUCUGAAUAUGUGCAGGCAAAGAUUGUCUCUCCUAUACCUGGCUUCAGGGAUAUCAAGAAGGGUGUGGGAGAUAACCCUACGGAGAUAAUGAGACAUGCAGUCUCGCAGAGUCCAAGGGUGUUGAAGUCGAGGGAAGCAUCGCAUCCUAUAAUCGAUAUUGACGAUGACGACAACAUCGGCGUCUCCGCCACCCCCAACCGCAUGUCCUGGAACAAGGCCAUUGAGACCACAGAACCGGCUCUGACUAAGGAAGAUGACGAUGACCCACUCUCGGACAAAUCGACCCCGACUCAAGGCGAACCAAAUGUAGAAUUCAAUGAAGAGAAUGAUAUCGCGGCCGCUGAUGACCCUCCCGACGAAUUCUCCAAGUAUGUCCUCCAGGCUCGGGAACGGGAGGCCAGAGCCAAUUCAGUCCAAGCCCCAACAUCCGAAGCAGGCGAUAACACCGGCAAAGGUCAACAGAGCUCGAAGUCCUCUAAUCCAGCCACCCGACCGACCCAUCCCAGCAUCAAGAUUAUGGUCUCCUCGCUGCUGCCCAACACAGCCGCCAUGCUAGCGAAGCUCAAACUUACACAAACCCUCUCGGUCAUUCGCAACGCGUGGAUUAAUUACCAGAGGCACAAGGCGACAGCCAUGCCGGAAGAUGUAGAGAGACAGAUCUUCCUGACGUGGAAGGGAAACAGAAUCUAUAACACCGUCACCUGCGCCAGCUUAGGUCUCGAGCUCGAUUCAAUGGGCAAAGUGCGGUGGGAUCCCUACAGCGAGGACGAGAGCGGAUAUCAUAGCGGCGGGCUGCACUUCCAGGCCUGGACGGAAGAGCUGUAUGCCCAGUACGUCAAGGAGAAGGAGCGCGAGCGCCUACGAUGCUUGGGCGAGCUGGACGAGGAUGAGAUUUCUUCCGCCGACGGCGGACUCGUGGACGAGCAGGAGGAAGAAACGGAGAAGCUGAUUAGGGUCAUAUUGAAGGCGAAGGACUAUAAGCCCCUGAACACCAAGGUCCACAUGGACACGACUGUAGAGACGAUGCUGACGGUCUUUCGCGAGCUGCGCAAAAUCCCUCCCGACAAGGAGACUGCGCUGUAUUUUGACGGCGAAAAAUUGGAUGAGGCUACGACAGUUCAGGAGGCCGACAUUGAGGAUAUGGACAACUUGGAAGUUCAUAUCAAAGAAGGCUUGAGCGUCGUGGCCGAUGGAUGAUUAAGAUGUUGGCGUUGUUGGACCACUUUGGAUGGAAUUGCCGGUUUGUCGUUGAAUAAAGAUACCCCCGCUAUGAAUAUGAGAUACUGAGAUACGCAUCUAAAUGCAAAUAGGAGUCACGUACGAUCCAUGGCCCGUCAGUCCGAUUUAUGAAGGUGUGUGACCUGUUCCGAUUUCAUGAUACCAGCCAGGUAACUAGAUUGGGAGCAGCCAAGUCAUGUCUCAUGCCGUACUACG